AUGAGCGGACUUGCAGGAGCAACCAGAGCUGCGGCCCAAGCCAGCCGCGUCGCUAUCGUGACGGGCUCCUCACGGGGUAUCGGCCGCGCCAUCGCCCUCCGCAUCGCCCGCGACGGCUACGAUAUCUGCGUAAACGACAUCGCCGCCAACGAGGCCGGAUCUCACGACGUGGCCAAGCAGAUCCGCGACCUCGGCCGCCGCUCCGUCGUCGCCACCGCCGACGUGAGGAAGCUGGGCGAGGUGCAGGCCAUGAUUGACAAGACCGUUGACGAGCUGGGUCCGUUGAAUACCAUGAUCGCAAACGCCGGCAUCGCCCAGGUCAAGCCGCUUCUUGAUAUCACCGAGGAGGAAUUUGAAAACAUGUUCCGCGUCAACGUCUUUGGCGUCCAAAACUGCUACCAGGCCGCCGCAAGACAGAUGAUCCAGCAGGGCAACUGCAAGCCCGAGCAGCCCGGGAAGAUAAUCGGUUGCUCCUCCAUCGUCGGCUUCAAACCCUUUGCCCUCCUCUCGCACUACUCAGCCUCCAAGUGGGCGGUCCGCGGCCUGACGCAGGCCUCGGCCAUGGAGUACGCCGAUCACAACAUCACCGUCAACGCCUACGCUCCGGGCAUCGUGGGCACGGCCAUGUGGGACCUCAUUGACGAGAAGCUGGGCGAGAAGACGGGCGCCAAGAAGGGGGAUACCAUUAAAAAGUACACGAGAGAGCUCAUUGCGCAGAAGAGGACGAGCGUGCCCGAGGACGUGGCCAAGCUGGUGAGCUUUUUGGCGGGGCCGGACAGCGAUCACGUUACUGGGCAGACGCAGAUUGUGGACGGUGGUAUCAUUUACACCUGA